AGCAAAGUUCCUUGCCAUUCUGGCUGAUGUCGGGAGCUGAAUAUUAAAAGGGUGAACGUGGAGUUAUUAGCUGGCUACACUCUCCCCCUAUUUUCACUCUAUAUUUAAAACUCCAGGUAAAGUGAUAGCCAGCCAGAAGCGUAAAGACAACGGCAGUGAACGGUAGGCAAGGGGUGAGUCGGGGGUGUAAAAGGACCAGAAAUUGGUUCCUCAGAGAGAUGGUCCCUGGGUCUCCCAGCGACUAGCGGCCGGGCUAUUCUCCGAAACGGAAUCGCGGGGGUGUGGCUCGGGAUCUGCCAACCAGGAGGACGCACGCAAACCACCCUCCGCAGCCGCCUCGGCGUCGGCAAACGUUUUCAUACCCGCGUCCCCUGGCUUGCGCGCCUUGAAGCUGAAUCUCGCUGGAGUUAACCGCUGGCGGUCACACUGUGGGAAAAAGCCGGCCGGGAGAGUGCCCAGAUGCCAACUGCCCCAGCCUUUGAGCAUCGACCGCAGGCUGGUACUUGCUUUCGGUGUCGGGGAAGACUAGCGCUGGAGUUUAGAACUCCAAAUUAUGUGCAGGAUUUUGCAUAUUCUAGCCAGGACUGAUCAAACAGUGCAGAUCCGCAGACCCCGGUAAUUCUGGGAUUGCAUUUUGCAACGUGUCUUCUCCAGUUUAGCACCAAGCCUCGGGCAGGGAGGGAGUUCCCCCGCCCCAGGAGUCCCCUCCUCUUCCCCGACCCCACCCUACCCCUCCGGGCCCUGCGCAGCGGGUGGAGAGGGUCCGCAGGCAGCCCCGCGCGGCUCUGGCCAUGUCGCAUUUAAUAUCCUGCCCCUUUACGUGGCCUUCUGAGGGUUUCCAGGGCAGGCUGGGGUUGCUUCCCACCCGCGCGCUCUCUCUCACCCCCCAGCCUACCCAGCGGGCGAGGUUCCUCGGAGCUGAGACCUUUUGACUCCUAGCCGGGUAGCUCCCGCCUCCGCCCCCGCCCGGGGGGUGGCCCUUGAGAGCCGGACCUCGCCCGGCCAGGGCCGGGACCAUGGUGCUUCUCUCGGGCAAUGCCUCCGACAGCUCCAACUGCACCCACCCGCCGACACCGGUGAACAUUUCCAAGGCCAUUCUGCUUGGGGUGAUCUUGGGGGGACUCAUCAUUUUCGGAGUGCUGGGGAACAUCUUGGUGAUCCUGUCCGUGGUGUGUCACCGGCAUCUGCACUCGGUCACUCACUACUACAUCGUCAACCUGGCCGUGGCCGACCUGAUGCUCACCUCCACCGUGCUGCCCUUCUCGGCUAUCUUCGAGAUCCUGGGCUACUGGGCCUUUGGCAGGGUUUUCUGUAACAUCUGGGCGGCGGUGGACGUCCUGUGCUGCACCGCGUCCAUCAUGGGACUCUGCAUCAUCUCCAUCGACCGCUACAUCGGCGUGAGCUACCCCCUGCGCUACCCCACCAUCGUCACCCAGAAGAGAGGGCUCAUGGCUUUGCUCUGCGUCUGGGCGCUCUCCCUGGUCAUCUCCAUCGGGCCUCUGUUUGGCUGGAGGCAGCCGGCCCCCGAGGACGAGACCAUCUGCCAGAUCAACGAGGAGCCCGGCUACGUGCUUUUCUCGGCACUGGGUUCCUUCUAUGUGCCCCUGACCAUCAUCCUGGUCAUGUACUGCCGGGUCUACGUGGUGGCCAAGAGGGAGAGCCGGGGCCUCAAGUACGGCCUCAAGACCGACAAGUCAGACUCGGAGCAAGUGACGCUCCGGAUCCAUCGGAAAAAUGUCCCUGCAGUAGGCAGCGGGGUGGCCAGCUCCAAGAACAAGACCCACUUCUCAGUGAGACUUCUCAAGUUUUCCCGGGAGAAGAAAGCAGCCAAAACUCUGGGCAUCGUGGUGGGCUGCUUCGUCCUCUGCUGGCUGCCUUUUUUCUUAGUGAUGCCCAUUGGCUCUUUCUUCCCUGAAUCCAAACCCUCAGAAACAGUUUUUAAAAUAGCAUUUUGGCUUGGAUACCUGAACAGCUGCAUCAACCCCAUCAUCUACCCAUGCUCCAGUCAAGAGUUUAAAAAGGCCUUCCAGAAUGUCCUGCGAAUCCAGUGUCUCCGCAGGAAGCAGUCUUCCAAGCACACCCUGGGCUACACCCUGCACCCGCCCAGCCACGCCCUGGAGGCUCAGCACAAGGACUUGGUGCGCAUCCCGGUGGGGUCAGGCGAGACCUUCUAUAAGAUCUCCAAGACCGAAGGCGUCUGUGAAUGGAAGUUUUUCUCUUCUCUGCCUCGCGGAUCCGCCAGGAUUACAGUGCCCAAAGACCAGUCAGCCUGCAGCACCGCCCGGGUGAGAAGUAAAAGCUUUUUGCAGGUGUGCUGCUGCAUGGGGCCCUCGACCCCCCGCCUGGAAGAGAACCAUCAAGUUCCAACCAUUAAAAUCCAUACCAUCUCCCUCAGUGAAAAUGGGGAGGAAGUCUAGAGGACAGGAAAGGUCAGAAGGGAGAGGUCAUGAUCCCAGGCACUCACUCUGCUUCCUACACAGGCCACUUUUCCCUUCCUACGUGAUGAGAGAAAACCAUUAAACAAGAGGACCCUCUGGGAAUGGGGUCGGGCAGGAGACCCAACUGAUGGGUGGGAGGUGGUGGGGGCGGGUAGGGCUCAGGGACAAGGGAGUGUAUCACACACUGUCCAAUUCAAAAUAACAGUGAACAGCAUUUCCUUGAGACUCAUGCUCUCUCGGUCAUCCUCUGAGCCCACUUUCCAGGUCUGGGCCUUUCAAUGAAAAAUACCAUGGGAAAUAGUAUCACACACCAUCCAAAAGACUAUAAAUAUAGGAAUAUGAUUUCAUCAUGAAUAUUUUGAGCACACACUCUAAGUUUGGAGCUAUUUCUUGAUGGAGUGAGGGGAUUUUAUUUUCAGGCUAAACUUACUGACAGCCACAUUGGAUAUUUAUGGGGAAAGGGCCGGGAGAGGAAGAGCCUCAAGAUGGUGGCCAGUAUCCAAGCAUAUUAUUUUUAGAGCAAGCUUUAAGCAUUUAGAGCAAGCACCAUUUCUGAUAUAUCCACUUUCUUAGCUUGGGUAAAACCUGACAGUGAGACUUACUUGUGGCUGCAAUUUGUCCAGACAGAGCUUCUGUUCUGUAAGGGUAACUGAGGGGCAUCCAUUAUGUUUCCAGCGUAAUGGAGGCACUUUCUCUAAGCCUGGGUCUAGAAUGUUUUGACAGAACCCGUUGGGGAAAGGAUGGCUUUUCCUAAUGGAAGACAGUAGAGAUGAGGGUCAUUUUUUUCAACUUAACUACCAGGGACAAAAUUCCAUUAAGCAGUUCCAUGAUCAGAUGGAGAAAGGUUUCUUAUGUAACAUAUUUAAAUAUCAAGAGUUUAGGGUAGACUAGGCACUAAGAUAGAAAAUAUUUCACAUCUUCUUUGAUGUGGUCUAAUAAGACCUGUGCCAGAAAUCCAUUCUGAAAUUCAGAACUUAUAAUAUUUUGAAAGGUAUUAUCUUCAUCUACAUUGUUUUCUCCUCUGCUUCACUAUUGCAUACAGAAUGUUUGUCAAGGUCCCCAAUACACAUGCAGUGUGUUGGAAUCGGCCUUGUGAUCUGUCUUCCUGAACUUUCAAAGACACAAAUGCUUAGUUUGGGAGGAUACUCACUGAUCACCAAAGAACCAUCUAAAAUAGAAGUUUGUAAACAGUUCUGACAGAAGCCCAUUUAUUCCAGUAAAAGAUCCAGUAAUCCAGUAAUUUAUCUAUUUUGAUUUUCUGCCAGAACUUGAAGAACUUGUUAAUUUUAUUAUGUAUACCAAAUUUGGGGGAAAUUAUUAGCUCAGUAUAUUACUAAAAAUUAAUAUGGUAACUAUGGAAAACUUAAAGCAUUUUCACAUUCCAUGUUAAGAACUUUAAAUAGAAUUUAUGUUUUAGAAUAAUUCUUAACUAGAAUUACUGUUCAAAAACUAUGGACCAUUUUUUUGAACUCUGCCCAACUUGGGAUAUUUCUGUAAAAAUUUUAAAGCAGAUUUUAGGUAGCAUUAUUUAACUUUUAUGACAAAAGUAGUAGCCCCAACGUCUUUUCCUUCUUCCUUUGCAACAAAAUGAUAAUUUCCCUAAGUCCUUCUUAAAUGCUAGUAUCUGUUGUGCCUUGCCAGGGAAGGCAUGUUUGCAUGUAUAUUUGAGUUUUGUUGGUGUAUGUUUGGAGAUAGAAUACUACUGCUUUCUCAGCCCUUCUGGCAAAUACUCUACCUUCUGUUGGCCAGCUAGAUAAGCUGCCUUGUGUUCAUAAUUUUUAUUCUGGCACUUACAUGUUGGCUGGAAUUUUAGACUCCUCAGGUUGCAUGUCCCAUAUGGCUCUCCCCAAUGUCUCAAAGUGGUGUCUGAAUGUGGAGGUGGGCAUCUAAAGAAUACUUAAACAUGCAAACCUCUCUCCUCUGCUUUCUUGAUAAGAAAAUUUCAUUCUGAGCAUCUUAAUUUAAUUGAGAAUAUUUCAGAAUCUGAAUUUAAAAUCCACUCUGCCUGACCCCACCCCCCUUGCAGAAAGAGCACUUCCAUGAGAAGAAAAGUCUUUCUCCAGCAAAACAUGGUUCCAUAUUAGAGAUGAUCUUUAAACAUCUUUACAGGCUGAUUUAAAACUUAUAUAUUAGGAUAUUUAAGAUCACCAGAAAGUUAGCAUUCAUGCCACAUCUAAUCAAAAUAAACAACUAGAAAAUCUUUUGAUCCUCAGAUAGCAAUCAUGACAAUUCAUGUAAAACUAUGCAUAAAUAGUAUCUUCAGCACUUUAACAUGGCUUUCCUUUCCUAUAAUGUAAUAUUAGGUCUAACAUCAAUUUAUAAGAAAUUGAUAAUAUUGCCCAAGAUUUAAAUUGGAAUAAAUGUGGUUUUUUAUUCAUCCACAAAAAUCUCUGUACUUUUGUGAGUUCAAAAAACUAUCUAAAAUGGCCACAAUUAAAAAAAAUGAUUAUUAUAUUUAUAAUCACAUUUACUGUUUCUAUUUGAAAUUUUGGAGAAUUUACUCAGAGUAACAGUGGUUAAAAAUCAUGUAUAAUGUGUUGUAAAAAGCAGUUGCUUUGGGAUUGUUUAAACAUCACCAAAAAAAAAAUCUACUUGACAUUAUGGAAUAAGGAAAAUUUGGGCUUAUUUUGCGAUUCAAAUUCAAAUUAUAAGCACUGAGACCUUGACUCUUUGUUCAAAAAUAUGCCCUAAUGAUUGCAGAGAUUUCAGAGGCGCAUUCGACUUGUCAGUUUUCUUCCUCAGCCUCACUUAUUUCUCAUCCAUAUCACGGCUUCUGCCUGUCCUCACUUAUUGUUGCUAACACUCUCCACAGUAUUAAGGCUUCUAACUCACCACUUAGGUUGGUUCAUCCAUGAGAGAGUGUGAUAUUUAGGAAAACGUGUAUUUUCUUAAGGCUUUUCUCUUCAGUCCUGCUGUGUGCAUUCUGCACCCCUGACUAAAAGGGCAGAGCAAUCCCACCGCUCCUAUUUUUAGAGAUAAAUAUCUGUAGCUGAGUGAUUAAGGACUCACUGAGAGCCAAGGAGGAACCAGGAUUCAAACCUGGGCAUUCAUAGCUCUAAAGUCUGCAUGCUUUCCAGAGCACCCCCUCUUCAAAAUACUGGGGUAAAAAUCUCCUGCUUGAAAUUGAGAAUGCUGAGGAUACAAAACAAUACCCAAGCUUCUGUUUAUUUCCUUGGAAUUUGUCUUCCAACUAAUCCCAGUAAAUAGUAAUAUGCUGUCAAAUCUCCCUCCCAGCCAAACCCAAGAGCAAGUCAUAAUUAGAAGAGUUUGGUGACAACCAUCUUUCAUUAUUCAGGCCUUGCAAGAAGGACAAAUUAUAUCAAAUUGGGAGAAGAUGGACAUAUAAAAGAAUGCAGAAGAGACUACAUUGACAUGCAACAGGCAAACACAGUUGCAGAUAAGAGACACGUGCAGUGUGUUGAAGGUAUUGGCUGCCAGCCAGUUAACCAACACACCUCCAGGAAGGACAACCCUAUUUAAGAUAAAUAAAAACAAAGCAACAGCACUAUCACCUAUAUUCCUUUUUUUUUGAGUUGGAGAAAGAAUCAUAGGUCUUUCACCAGGAAUUACAUAUGCUAAGUGUAUGAUCCUCAAGCCUGUCACCAUGGAGAAACAGUCCAGAAUGCUGACCUUCAAGUAGCCGGAGACCUAGACAAUCUGAAAAUGAAGAAUUGACAGGCAGCUGUGGCUACUUAUUAGAUGGCAUCUAUUUGUUCCUGGAUUUCCUUUUUGCCAAUGAAAGCUCUAUGUCCAAGCAUCUGUGCGUCUUCUCCUUCCUCCUUCAAAUGAACAAUCACAUGACCUCUGGCCCAGUGGGUUUCGUAGUUAUGGUCUGGGAGUGAGAACAUUUUAGGAACCAUAUGCUUGGGCUGGUAAUCGCUCACUCUGUAAUCACAGCUACUUAAUCACAGCAUGACAAGCAUUCUUACUUGCUUCCUGGACUGCUUCUACUCAGGUGCUUUUACCAACAGGGAAGCUGCCUAUGCUUGCAUGUGAGCACUUGUGAACUUAAAGUUCUCCUCAUUAGCAAAGGGAGAAGGGAGCCCAAGGUAAACUCUACAACAAAAACCAGGGCAGCUAAAAAGAAGGCAGAGGUGGCGAAUACAGUAGCCUCGGAAGUUCCUGUGAUGCUCACUUGUUACUCUGAUUUCUUUUUACACUACUAGGAUUUUUGACCAUGAAACCACCUGCACAAGCCAAGUUGGAAAACUUGGGGGGAUGCCUUGUCUACAAACUGCUGUGUCCCCUACCAUCCACUAAAAGCAAUGACAGCGGUGGCCUCCCAGCCUCCAAAAUCCCUGCAAGAUGAGUGAGUGGAGAUGACAUCAUAGGGCUGGUCUGGCAAAAAGCAAGUUGGGUCUCAGCAGAGGACACCUGAUUCCUUGCUCAUGGUGCCACGAGCGCCAGGUGGUUCUGGCUUCCCCAGGCCCAAAUGUCAUGGGGGCUGAGGAUGGAUCUUAGCUGUGCUGUGCUGUGCUGUGCUGUGCAAGAAAGUGUUUCUUCUUUGCUAUUACAACAUGGAUUAAUUACUGAGUUCUCACCAAAAGAAAGGCUAUCUCCAGAGGGGUGAUGUUAAGAAAAAGGAGGGAGACUUAUCAUAGACUUUGCUCAAAACAAGAUCAAUGGUUUAGUAAUAUUUUGCUGCAACUGAUAAACAAGGAACCGUGCUAAAGCUGACUGCUUGCUCAUUUCCAAGGACGAAAUAUUUGUCUUUCCUUUUCAUGCGACUCUCAGGAGUCAUCCAUUAGUUCCCUUCCACUUCAUAGUUGACAUAGCCACAUUAUAAACUGGAAAUGAUUAUUGCUAAAAUAUGGGAAAUACAGACUUUAGAAAAAAAUCUUAGGGCAAAUUUAUGCUGUCUUUGGAGAAAAAAACAAUAAAGGUGCUGACCUAUUACUUAAAAGUCUGAAUACAAUAGGUGCAUUCAAAUACAUGGGAGCUAAAACAGAAACCCCAACCUGAGUUUAGUAUUCCUUCCAUUGAUAUACUACGUAAUAGUUGUCAGUGUUAUUUGGCCUAUUUCAAAUCAUCCCUCAAAGCAAAAAGAGAAGGGACUAUCACCUAUACUUUUGCACAUGAAAAAACAAAGAGACACGAGGAAAGACUUUUUUCCACAAUUCCCUAAGUGUCCCCAAGAUCGACUGUGUUUCUUGAGACCCCGAAUUUCCUCUUACCCUCAUUCAUCUCCCAUCUGCUUCCAGUUCUGUUUGCACCUUCUCUCCUGCUAUAUUUCUGCAAUACAAGAUUUUUCUAGGGGCUGAGUGCAUAUUUGUCUAUGUUUCUCUCAUUGGCUAAGAGAUAAGCAAAUGUAAUUCUGCUCUUUCUCCCUAGAUAGGCAGGAGCCGAACUAAGGAAAUAAGCAGGACAGAGGGCUCUUGGCUUGCUCAGCAGGGUGACAUGUAAGGCAAAGCAAGCAGUGAUUGAUACCUUAAGGAUUUGGGGAAUGCAAAGGUCCCAGUGGGAGUUUUGGGAACGCUCCUUUUCCUGUGAGCUUGAGUGUUGUAUCCAACCUGAUCAUCAUCAGCAGCAAACUGUUCACUUCUCUUGCACCAGGUGCUGCCGUUGGCACAAAAAAUUGCAAAGAGACACAGAGAGUACCUGGUUCAAGUGCUGGGUCCAUGCCACGCUCAUCUGUUGCAAGUCAAGAACACAUUUUUCCAAGAGCAUUGUUAUAAAUGGGGGAGGGAACAAUGUUCCCAGGUAAACAAAAAUAAAAAUAAAAAUCUAUGUAAUACACAGCAGAGACUGGCAAAGUUCUUCUAUAAAUGGAUAGAUAGUAAAUAUUUUAGGCAUUGUGGGCCAUAGGAUCUCUGUCACAUAUUCUUUUUUCAAAGAUUUAUUUAUUUAUGGGGUACAAGCCAGAGGUAUGGGUGUAAGACGAUUCACCAGAAACAGAGUGGGGAACAGAACAGGCAGACUGACUGAAAUACACUGUUGAGGGGAGCAGCGGGCGAGUCAGGAGAGGUCUGCUGCACCAUGUGGGUAGCUCCCCUGCCAGGGAUCCAACUCGUCCUACAGAGGCUACGGACAGCUCCAUAGGUUGCAUCAUAACCCCUCGCACCACCACAGAGGUCCUCUGUCACAUCUUCUUUACAUUUCAUUUUUUCCCACAGUCCUUUAAAAAUGUGGAAACCAAUCUUAGUUCACAAGCUGCACCAAGAAACGAAAAGGCCAUGGAUCGAAUUUAGCCCAUGUCCAUAAUUUGCUGUCUGUGAUCUGGACACAUAGUAGCUUAGGGUAUAAAGCAAAUGCUCUGAGCAGUGAAUACAAGCACCUUUCUUUUAAUAUGCCAUUGACCCAUCUCCUCUUGAUUACAUUAACUCUCCCAACUGCAUGAGGCAUCAGGCGAAGGAACAAGUUCACAUUCAGGGUGGGGCCUGCUCAGCAACCAGUGAAGAAACAUAUGGGGCUCUUGUUCCAGAUGCCACCAGGCCCCGUGGGAUACAAUGCUCCUGUGCGUAGCUCUGUGAGAGGAGAGCUCCCCUUAACUCCUCCAAACCCUCGCCACAUCAGACCUGGAGCCUCCUGUGAACCCAGGGCAAGACGUGGGCCCUGGGGUAAAGACAGGCUCAAGGCCCUGUUCCCCAGGACUUUGACUCUCUGCUCAUAUUGUUGUCUUCUGUUAUUCUAUUUGUUGCAUAUGAAGGGCACAGCACCAUCACGGCCACAUCUAGGACACAGCUGGUAGUCAGGAGUGGCUUCCUAUUCCUCCCCCAGGAGGUACAGCUCUUCCUUCACCCUCUUUGACAGGUGAAGUCUUUGACUAGCUCUUCAAAGUCACGUUCUCUUUCUCUUUUUCAUCUUUGUCUCUUGCUUUAUUUCCUUCCCAUCCCUCUUACUAUGUCUUAGACCUCAAGGCCUUAAUUCUGUAAGUUAACUUGGGUUUCAUGUUAGCAUUAAGCAAUGAUUCAUCCUUCAGAAGAUAUACCCUAAGCUAAGCUCACCUGGAUGAAAGAUGGUCCUUGUUUUCAGGUGCUUCUGCUGUGCAGCCCUGUCUCCACCAGCUCAUCUCUUCUUGGGGCUGUUCAUUAAAUUGCUUGUCACAUUCUUGCACUAAGGCCUUGCUACUCCAAAGGGAGUGGCCCCUCUCCUACCCAUCCUGCUCCUGCUCUUGCUGACCUAGGUCCAUGCAUUUAGAAUCCUUCUGUCUUCAUUUCCCAGUGCCAUUGUAACAAAGUCUCAGAGACCCGGUGGAGUGGGGGUGGGGUUCAAGAACAGAAAUUUAUCCUCUCACAGUUCUGGAGACUGGAAGUCCAAGGUCAAGAUGUCAGCGGUUCAUUUCUCCUGUGGCUUCUCUUCUUGGUUUGCAGAUGGCCAGCAUGUCCCUGUGUCUGCCCAUCACCUUCCCUCUGUGUCUGGGCCCCCACAUCCUCCUAUUGUAAGGACAGUCUGGUUGGGCCCAACCCAAUCCCUUCAUUUAACCUUCAUCACCUCUGUAAAAGCUUUAUCUCCAAAUAAGUCAUGUUCUAAUAUACUAGAAGUUAGGAUUUCCACUUAUGAAAUUGGGGGGCACAAAAAUCAGCCCAUAUUACACCUCUUUUCUCAUUUCUACCUAUAAAAAUCUAUCCACAAUUUUUUUUCCCAGAUUAGAAGUUCAAAUUCAGUCCUUCCUGAUCAUUCUUUCUGUCCAAAUUCCUACAGCAAUUGUCUAUAAAAUAUUUUUG